GACAAUAGUAAAUCCAGCUCCGAGCUUUCGGAGCUCUUCAAGAGCGCCAGGUCCACAACUCCUUACCUCUCACAGGACAAACAACUUCUUGUAGGCUGACGUGGGCGAGAAUCGUCAAAGUCUGGCCUUUGAUAUUAUAUACGGUGUAUAGUCCCUUCGUGUGAUUGGUUCGAUGAGAUGACUGGCCGGUCAAGCGUGUCAUCUGUUGAUUUUCCCUCUUUCCCAACUUGAUGACUUCCUCCACCAGUCCAAGCGCGGAUUCUAUACCUAGCCUCGCCGAGAUUUAGAGCAACCUUGGCCUAAAUUCCUCCGGCUUCGUGCUGUAUCGACGAUGGCUUCACUCACGCCUGAAAAUUACACGAUCGCGUGGAUCUGUGCCUUACCUCUGGAAGCGGCAGCGGCCCGCGCCAUGCUUGACAAGAUCCACACCCCCCUUCAACAGUCUAAAGAUCCCAACGCCUACGAUUUUGGCGAACUGCGCGGGCAUUAUAUAGUCAUCGCCUACUUACCAAACGGUGUGUAUGGAACAGUGUCUGCAGCGGCUGUCGUAUCUCGGAUGCGUUUGACCUUCCCUCGGCUCCAGUUUGGACUGAUGGUGGGGAUUGUGGGCGGGGUUCCGAGCAAACGCAAUGACAUUCGAUUGGGUGAUGUCGUCGUCAGCAAACCCUGUGGAACGCAUGGUGGCGUAAUACAGUACGAUUAUGGGAAGGCAGUUCAGGGUGGGCGCUUCGAGCGAACAGGAUACCUAAAUAAACCACCACAAGCUCUUCUGACACAUAUGAGUCGAGGUCAAGCAAACUGGAUGGUUAACGGCGAGGAUAAUAUUUCAAAGUUAGUAUGCGAAGUGCUGGAACGAAACCACAGCAUGAGAGAAAUAUUCUCGCCUCCGAAACAGGACACAAAUCUCCUAUUUCAUUCCUCCUAUCACCAUGCCGACACUCAAUCUGACUGCGAAAAGUGUGAUAAAGGGAACCUAGUCAACCGACAACCGCGUCAUACAAGGGCACCAUAUAUCCACUAUGGCUUGAUUGCAUCCGGGGAUCAGGUAAUGAAGGACCCGGAAACACGAGACCGUCUAGCGCAGCAACACGAGAUACUCUGCUUUGAGACGGAGGCAGCAGGCCUUAUGGAUGAGCUUCCAACUCUCGUGAUCCGAGGAAUAUGUGAUUAUUGCGACCCCCAUAAACAUAAACAAUGGCAAGGCUAUGCAGCUUUGACAGCAGCUGCCUAUACAAGAUCAUUAUUAUCCAUUGUGCCUGUUGAGCCUAGCCUGAAAGCUGCACCACAGUCGAACUAUUGUUAUAGCAGUGAAGACCAACGCUGCCUGCAAGAUUCACUCCUUAGCCAUCUGACGAUGACCUAAGACGCAUCGAAGCCACUAAGGGUGGACUGCUUGACGACUCAUUUCGAUGGAUCUUCAACAAUGCCCAAUAUAAAGGAUGGUUCAAUAACCCAAGGAGUCAACUCCUUUGGAUCAAGGGAGAUGCUGGGAAGGGUAAGACCAUGCUUCUGGUUGGGAUCGUCCGAGAACUGCAGCGGGAAAUACAGCAAUCGUCAGAUAUGUUCGCCUAUUUUCUGUGCAAGGGAACGGACCAAAGAAUAAACAACGCCACUGCCGUCCUGAAGGGAUUGAUUUACAGUCCAAAGACCACAUCUUCUUUCACAUUUACGAAGAAGAUACGAUCCGGAAGGGAAGAGCCCGUCAGCCUCCAUCGCCCACCUUUUUCGUAAUAUUCUUAAGCUCCUGGGUCAAGGACUUCUCCGUAUAAUCACGCCGUGGAGAAAGUUGCGUCGUGACCUACAAUCGAAUAUCAGUGCCAACAGCCUGCUUUCCAAGGGUAGGCAAUUCUGCUCUCCUAUUAAAGGAGGAAUGCGUCGUCGCAGAAACUCGGAUUCAGGUCGACUGAUACAGAGCAUCUGGAUAUGGUGCAAGUCUGGCUGGAAACCAUGUCCUUGGUCCAGAGUACAAUAUCAUGCCUUGUCGUUGAUUCAUCCAAUGCAUCCAAAAUGAUGUAGAUUUUGCUUUUGGCUACAAGCAUUUUGCGAACAAUAUCCGAGAUUGCCUUCGUCUCAGGUUGGUCACUUCCAUCCUGGUGCGAUUGAUAGAAAGCAUCAAGAUGCACUGCAGAGCCAACUCCGCCCUGGUACAGUUGGACGGCAAGUGACCGUAGCAUGCCAUCCAAAGGCUGCUUCGCCAAAGUCAAAGAAGAAACGAAGGAUAAGACCGUCAUUUUUCUGGCUAGAUAAUCAGGCAUAGUCACACUAAGAACCGUCUUUCCACAUCCCGCCAGCCCUUGCAGCCAUAAAUGUCGAGACGAGCCCGAGUGCCACGACUGGAAGACAGGGUUUUCCAGGAGCCACGCGCCUGUCCCGAA